UGUGAGCUUCGUAAAUUAAAAGCUGAAUCAAAGAAAUGAGCGACACAAGAUUUCGAAACCAUUUUACGCAAUCAAUACUUUACUUUCUUGCAGUCGUUACUAGUUCAGACAGAGUCGUUCACACAGUAGAAGAUGGCGUCACGGGGAUUUCACGCAGCCACUGACUCGUCGCCAAACAGCUCGUGUCGUUCUUACCAGUCGAUAAGUGGAACAGAGAGUCCAACUUUCUACUCUCCACGGUCACUUAGUCCCGACAUUGAAAUAAUACAAAGAGGAGACGAAGUUUCUAGGGAUGAUGCACCGUUGAUAACGCAUGAAGACCACCAUGGAAAUAACCAAAGUGAACUUCCAAUGUCUAUCGUCUUCGCUGACAGUUCUUCGACUUCUUUUGAAGCUGAGGUUGUACCAUUCUGGGAGCGUAUGAGACACAUGCCCAAGAAAAUCAAACCUUGGUUUUUGUUCUUAUUGGCUAUUGCAUUCUCAGUACUUUUCGCUAUUUGUGAUGAAGCUCCUGAAACAGCCAGGCUUUUGUGUCUCUCACAUAACAUUGCAGAAUCCUUUGAAUUGAACCACACAAAGGAUUCAGUUGUGACAGUUCAAGUGUCUGGACCUUUUAUAGCAGGAGAUGAAUUUCCAGAUAGCCAGUCAGAUCAAAUUCUCACCAUUGGCUUUGAAAGCAAGAAUGGAAAUGUAACUAGAGUUAGUGAGGUUUCAGCUAGAAUUGGAAUCAACUGUAGCUCGACCAGCUGUGAAGCACAUGAAGAUCCUAUCACCAUAGAAAAGAGACUAAAUCUUUCACAAAAGGACAAUAUAACACAUAUGAGGUUGUUUUUUGCCUCAAGCACUUCAUUUCCAAUCGCAAUUUCACUGAAGUACUAUGUGGAGCCUUUUACAAUAACUGAUCAAGUUACUAUUGCACUUGUCAUCUUAAUCGGAGUCUACGUACUUAUCAUAUUUGAGCUUGUUCACAGAGCUACUGCAGCAAUGCUAGGUGCACUGGCUGCUUUGUCUUUCUUGUCGUACAUGAACAAGAGACCAUCACUUGAAACAGUUGUUACCUGGAUUGAAUGGGAGACUCUUGCUCUUCUGUUUGGAAUGAUGAUUCUGGUGGCAAUUUUUGGCAAGACUGGGUUUUUUGAUUACGUGGCAUUGAAGGCGUACAAACUUUCUAAAGGUCAUGUUUGGGGUCUCAUCACUCUACUCUGCACUUGCACCGCGUUGAUAUCUGCUGUCCUGGAUAAUGUGACAGUCAUUCUGCUCUUGACACCGGUUACAGUUACGUUAUGCCAAGUCCUUAACCUGAAUCCUACGCCUGUCCUAAUAGCUGAAGUGAUAUUUUCUAAUAUUGGUGGAACGGCGACAGCAAUUGGUGAUCCGCCAAAUAUAAUUCUAGUUUCCAGCAAGGACCUAAAGGCACACGGUAUCAAUUUUACAGAUUUCACUAAACAUCUGAUCGGAGGGAUAUUUUUCUGCCUUGUGGUAGCUUACGGAAUUUUAAGGCUUCUUUACUUGAAUGUGAAAAUCGUGAAUGAUGAUCCACCUAUAGUAGAAGAGCUAAAACGAGAAGCCGAAAUCUGGAAGAGAUCAGCGGACCGCCUGCCGUUUGUCUCCGCUGAGGAGAAAACUGUCAAACUGUUGCUGAUACAAAAGGUCAUGACUCUUCAAAACAUUGUCAGGAACAUGAAAAGAAACACUUCCACAAGAGAAGCCUUCCAACAAAGUCUGCAAGAACUGGAAAAAAAGUACGUCAUAAGGGACAAAAUGCUUUUAAUGAAGAGCUCAAUUGUCAUCACAUUGGUCAUUGUCUUCUUUUUCAUCCACUCGUUUGUAACUGGACUCUAUCUUGAAGUAGGGUGGAUUGCCAUGCUUGGAGCCAUACUUUUGAUAUUGUUGGCGGACGUAACACACAUUGAAGAUCUAAUGGAACAAGUGGAGUGGACAACACUUGUGUUCUUCAGCGCUCUUUUCAUUCUAAUGAAGUCUCUCGAGGAACUUGGGCUUAUGCAGUAUCUUGGAGAGGAAGCAUCACAUUUGAUACCGAGUGGAAGCGACAACCACUGGCAGCUGGCGAUCGCGAUUAUUGUAAUCGUGUGGGUUUCAGCGUUGGUGUCAUCAUUUAUAGACAAUAUUCCUUUUACAACUGCUAUGAUUCCAGUUGUGAUGGAACUCAGUCAGAAUAAUAAUAUAGAUCUUCAUUCUCUGGUGUGGGCCCUGGCCAUGGGUUCCUGCUUAGGAGGGAACGGCACUCUAAUUGGGGCAUCAGCUAAUGUAGUAUGUGCUGGACUCGCAGAGCAGUACGGAUAUCCUAUUACUUUCAACAGCUUUUUCAAAAUUGGAUUUCCCAUUAUGCUUGCGACGACAGCAACAGCCACAGUCUAUCUUCUCAUCUCUCAAGUUCUUCUGUUGAAAUAAAAAGAGAACAGUAUUUUUUUGUUAUUAUAGGUAGUAUCUAUUUUGGACAAGCAGUGUGGCAAUGUGAAUUAAAUCAACGUGUGACGUCAUUAGGGGUUUCAGGGGUCGUUUCUUCUCAUUGGCCGUACCAUGAAAGAUGGGUUCGCCUUGCUGUGAUUGGUUGCCACUUUGUGACUGGAGAAAAGUCGCCGCGCGCAAGCUUUGAAAGCGACGAAAAACAAGCCUUUAAAAAUUAACAAAUGAAUACAGAAAUGAAAUUUCAACGUACCGCGCAGGCCGGCUAAACUUAAUUCAAAUGAACAGUGCUUUAAAAUGUUGCUGUACAGGAAUUAUUUCAAAUAUGAUUGAAGAUGAAGUUAAAUAUAGCUGAUUAUAGGAGACAAUUUAAAUUUCCAUCCGAAAGCAAUAUUUCAAUAUUUAUGAAUGACACCAAUGCUAUGGAAAUUAUUGAAAUUUUCGCAUUUCAUUUUACAAUGUACACAGUUCAAUUCUUUCUUAUAGAUAAGUUUAAUAGUUUAAAAUUAACCGCAAUUAGAUUGUAAUUAAAUUGCAAUGCUUAAAAAAUCAUCACUUUCAGGGAAAUAAAUUGCACAAAGGAAAAUAAAAGUAUAAUUGGUACUGCCACUAGCAGUAGUAUUCA